AUGGAUGAAUUCCUUUCUAGCAUUUGGAACUCUGAUGAUAACAACCAAGUUAACCCACCACUACCCACCCUUGAUGAAGCUGCAAAGGGUAAAAGUGUAGUAGCAACUAAAUCCACCACCAUUUCCCAGCCAUUAUCUAUCCCUCCCCCAAUUUGCAAGAAAAUUAUGGAUGAAAUUUGGUCUCAGAUCCACAAAAGCCAACCACACUACAAUGAAGCUAACAAUAGCCUUGUUAGGAAUGAGCCACUACUCAAAAGGCAGCAAACACUUGGGGAAAUGACUUUGGAGGACUUCCUAGUAAAAGCUGGGGUGGUACAAGAAUCAUCAUCACUAUUCAAGUCUUCAUUAUUAUAUCAAAAUCAGAUUGGUAACAUUGCAAAGACCAUGCAAAUCGCAAGGAGGAAUGGCGAUUUCGUCGUCGACGCGACAACUGGCACCGGUGUCGCCAUCUUCAAUGGCGUGUUGCACCAAGCUUGGACUCGCCAGUUUGACUGGCGAGUUGAGGGUAGGGGUUUGCAGUUCUCAGGCUACGUGCAGCAGCUUUGCAGGAGGAGGGACAGCUUUUUGGUGGAAAACGCCAGUGCUACUGGCGAUUUGUGCUGCAGGUAG